CAACCGGCUGGACCAGACUCUUUCCGCGCCGGCUGAAAGUGCGCAUCGCGGCGCGCGGUUGGUGGGCGGGCCUGGAGCCUCCCACGCCUCGCUCCUGGCCUCUGCAGUCAGGCCCCCGAGGUGGGGACCGUGUCGCCUUCUGUGUCUCCAGUCUGCUGCAGUGGCCCCUGCGUGAACGCUCCCUCCUGCUGCGGCUCCAGAGCCUGCGAUUGCUCCAGCGCCCGGGGCGGGCCGAGCAGCCUCUGUUUUCUGCAGACCAGGCGGGAGGGUGCGGUGGCCGCUCCGGGCAGCGUCUGCGCGCGUCCUUCCUCCUCCUGGUUCUCCCUCGCACCUCCCGCAUCCCCCGCCCCCUCCUGGCUCCGCGCCUCCUCCCUGGCUGCGGGCAGACCGCUCCACGCCGCCGCAGCGCCUCGCGUCUGGACACCCUGCGAGGGGCACACACGCCCACACCCACUCCGCCCGGCUGCAUCCCUGCCCAGCAUGUCGGCGCUCGAGUGGUACGCCCACAAGUCUCUGGGCGACGGCAUCUUCUGGAUUCAGGAACGCUUCUAUGAGUCGGGCAACCGCGCCAACAUCUGGCUGGUGCGUGGCUCCGAGCAGGACGUGGUGAUCGACACGGGCCUGGGGCUGCGCAGCCUCCCCGAGUACCUGUACUCCUCCGGCCUCUUGCAGGACCGCGGGGCCAAGGAGGACGCGGCGUGCCGGCCGCUGCUGGCUGUGGCCACCCACGUGCACUUCGACCACUCCGGCGGCCUCUACCAGUUCGACCGGGUGGCGGUGCACCACGCCGAGGCCGAGGCGCUGGCUCGCGGGGACAACUUUGAGACCGUGACCUGGCUGUCCGACAGUGAGGUGGUGCGGGCGCCCAGCCCCGGCUGGAGGGCCAGGCAGUUCCGAGUACAGGCGGUGCAGCCCACCCUCAUCCUGCAGGAUGGAGAUGUGAUCAAUCUUGGUGACAGACAGCUCACUGUUAUGCACAUGCCUGGUCACUCCAGGGGCAGUAUUUGCUUACAUGACAAAGACCGAAAGAUUCUCUUCAGUGGAGAUGUCGUGUAUGAUGGAUCACUGAUUGAUUGGCUCCCAUACAGCAGGAUAAGUGACUAUGUUGGAACCUGUGAACGUCUGAUAGAAUUAGUCGACAGAGGUCUGGUAGAGAAGGUGCUUCCUGGGCACUUCAAUACCUUUGGUGCUGAAAGGCUUUUUCGAUUGGCUUCUAGCUAUAUUUCUAAAGCUGGAAUAUGUCACAAAGUCUCUGCUUUUGCCAUGAGAUCUCUUGCAAGUUUAGCCUUACGUGUAACAAAUUCUAGGACCUCACCCUAGUAUCUGUACUGAUAAUCUAUUUUGAUUAAUUCUCUAAAUUAAUCCAAUUCAUUUUGUGCUGUUUAAAGUGAUGAAUAAUGAGCAUUUCAAGAAGUGCUUUUAUAUUACUAUUGUAUAUUAGAGAAAAAAAGGUUGAGAAUGAAUAAGCCAAAAAGGAUGUUCUUAGUUUAAUUUUUUUUUCUUUCUCCCCAAUACAAAAACACUUAAAUAAGCUUAUAACUUGCCAAAGCUGUCAUCUUGUAAUAUUUGUUCUAGAAAUGACAUAGAAGUGUAUGGGGAAGCAAGGAGGCAUUUUACAGUACGAGAAAGAACUGUACUUGUCUCCCAUUUGUCUUAUUUUAUUUCCUAGAUGACUAGAAAAAAAGGCAUAAAGAGUUUUAUGUUUAUGCUCCAACCUUGAUAUUUUUAGUAUAUUAUUUAAAGAUAAAGUUUCUUGGGUUUAAAAUACAUUAGAACUCAGUACAAACAUAUAAGCUACCAUUUAGAAUGACAGCUAAAACAAUUCAUUGUUAUGGUACAGAAUUUUUAUACUUCAUUUUAUUUAUUCUUAAUGUAAUUAUAGUGUACAUUAUAUGUUGUGUAAUUUUACUUACAAAAGGUACAAUGAAUUUUGUUUUAUUGCAAAGCUUUAAAUAUAAAUUGCAGAGUGGUUCAGUCAAAAGCUACUAUAUAUUGUUGUUUGUUAUUAUGUAUGUGUAAUAUUUCAGUCUUAAAAGUGAAACUCAAAUGUCUGUAAUCUAACUACAAAUUGUCAGAUUUCUCAAAAGGACACUGUCAGGCAAAUUUGAAAAUAUACACAUUGAGAAUAAUUUUUUAUUAUAUCCUAUUUUAAUAUUAACAGCUAUUAUAAACAAAAUUUUUGUUAAAUAGCAGCUUCAGUAUAUGUGUCAUAUUUUAUAAUAUCAAAACAACUAUAGAGAUCUACACCAUCCUGACAUAAACCAUUCUUUUACUUAACAUAUAUAUGCCACAGAAGUCUUUUCAAAUUAAUUGCAAAAUGUGCAUUAGAUAUUAACUUAGAGUGAGCUGCCUUUUUUAUCCUGAUUCACAACACCUAUUCCUGUUUGGUAUUCUUUGUCUUGAAUGAAAAGAAGUCUACAUUUAUGAAGUUACAGGAAAGGUCGUCCACUAUUUAGUAAAAUGUUUUCGUUUGGUGCUCUUAAUGAUUUAUUAAAAAGCCUUUUGGAAUAUUUCAUAAAGGUUUUUUAA